AUGGGUUCAAUGCCCUCGGAUGCCGAAACACUCGAGCUCUACUCCCCGGACAAUGACUUUGCACGCGAAGUCGACGAACACAUCAAAAAUUGUGCCCUGGCACAGUCCCUGAGGGCCAAUCCCGAUUUUGUCGAGUCAAGACCGCACCUGAAAAUCCCCGAAGAGCUGAGAUCACACAAUCUGACGGCAGGGACAUUGGCGGGCCCAGGAAUGAUCGUGGUGCCCCCGUACUACUUCAAUGAAAAAGGCGGAAAAUCCAUGGUGCAGAUAUUCUACGUCGGCACGGAUGUUUCUGGACACCCGGGGAUCGUGCAUGGAGGGUUUCUGGCCACCAUGCUCGACGAGGGACUGGCGCGGUGCGCAUUCCCUGCUAUGCAGAAUAAAGUGGGCGUGACUGCCAAUUUGAACAUCAACUACCUCAAGCCGACGAUGGCUGGACAGUUCCUGGUGCUGCGGGCCAAGACGACGAAAGUCGAAGGCCGCAAAGCGUGGGCUGAAGGGUGGAUUGAGAGCCUUGAGGUUGCCGAAGGAGAGGAACCCGUGAAACUGGUCGAGGCGAGCGCCCUGUUCGUUGAGCCAAAACACGCAAAGGUGUUGAAAUCUCUUUACAGGGUCACCACAUGA